AUGGCGGGCAAGAAGGGCGGGGCCGAGGGCAACAGCAAGAAGGCCGCUGGCCAGGCCCGUAAGGCCGAAGCCGCGGCAAAGAAGGCUGCGGCUGCCGACGCUGAGAGAGAGGCUGCCGAGUCGGCAGAGUGGCAGAAAGGAGCGAAGACCAAUGCCAAAAAGGAAGCCGAAGCAGCAAAGAAGGCAGAGCAGGCCCGCAAGAAAGCUGAACGAGAGGCCUUGCUCGCCGAAGAGGAGAAGAGCCUCCCUAGCCGAUCGGCGCCCAAAAACUCCAAGACAGCGGUCAGAAAGACCAGGGGCUUAGACCUUUCGCAGCUCGAUGGUGACAGCAGCGGUCCCCUGUCGGCGCUGAACGCGUCGGGCAUUGACAACGCCUUGGACGCGCUGUCUCUGGCAACCUCGUCCGAUGCAGCAAAGAUUGACAAGCACCCAGAGCGGCGGUACAAGGCAGCCCUGGCCCAGUUCGAGGAGCGACGACUCAAGGAGAUGGAGGCGGACGGCACCGGCGCUGGCCUGCGGCUGAACCAGAAGAAGGAGAAGAUCAAGAAGGAGUUUGAGCGAAGCCCCGAGAACCCCUUCAACCAGCUGACUGCCCGCUACGAUGCCUCCAAGGACGAAUUGGCUCAGCUUCGGGAGCAGGAAAAAGCCAAGAUCGAAGCCCGCCUUACGUCCAAACCCUGA